UAAAAGUUCGUUUAUAUUUAUUAGGAUGGGUCGCCAGUUAGGUCUCCUGAUUGUCUUGUUGAUUUCUUUGUCCACAGUUCAGGCAAUGGGACCAGAUGAAAUGGAACCAGGCGACGCCGCUAGGGGUGGGGGGCCAUGGGACAACGGGCACGACUACAUGGACAAGCACGGGCACAAAUUCUGCUCACGCUGUGCGCCCAACUCGAACUGCAUGAACAGAACGUGCUCGUGCAUGCCGGGCUUUAUCGGAGACCCGGAGUUCUACUGCCACAAUAGUAGCAACCACUACUGCUCGCUCAUGAAUGACCCAUCCCUGCUGACGUUUAUCGGGGAACGACGGGUCCUUGAUCUGCUGGGCUCCACCAAGUUUGCAGAAGUCAACACCAAAAAUCUGGAGGAGGAAGAUGGCGGCACGUGUCACCUGACCCUCUGGGCACAGCCGCAAAGGGUCAAGGGCAAAGUUUUCAUCAACGGUCUACAGUUUGAGCUCAUCUGCGCGGUCGAUGACGAUGAAAUUGUCAUCGAACACAGAAUCUUCGCCAGCGUAGUCAACGGUGCACAUAUCUGGAACAUUGAAGCCAAAAAGAAAGGGGUGUUUAAGCCUUACGUCAAGUUCAGCAGCAUCACGCCUCUGGUGCUGAAGAAGCUGGUCAACCCUUUGUCCUGUACCGUCGACUACUUCCGGUACGACUCGAAGAUUCUGCUGGUGUCAUCCGCGCCGUGUGGGAUCAAGUUUGGCAUUAGGGCGUUCGACGACCAUGAGAAAAGUACUCAUCCAGGUAUUUUUAUCGAGGUCGAGGAAGCGAACGAACCCUGGUUUAACAACUGGACCAACGGAACUGAACCCCUGUGCUUGGACAACGGCACCAGAACCAUCAGCACCAUCACCAACCGCUCCCCCAUCCGCAGCCCCCGCCUCGCGCUCACCUACCACGCCACCACCAACGGGGGGCUGGUGGACUUCCCCGGCUCGCCGACAGCCACUUCUGCCUUGAUCGUCGCCCUCAAAUCAUGCAGCAAUGCUGGUCUCGCUAAUCUCUUCCAGAACUUCGGCUUCGCUGUGACGUCCGCGAAGUUCAUCAACUGCAUGUCUAUGAGCAGUGGGCUUGAGGAUAUUGUGGAUUUUCUUAUGCUGCAGUUGAGGUGGUUUUGCCGGAGCGAUGGUGUGGCCUGUCGACUUGCCCAGAACUUGAUAUCUGGCAACAUGAACUGCACGCAUGUGGUGAGACAUGAGCCGCAGGUGAAGUCGUUCGUCAACAUUGUCUGCUAGACAUAACCCAGCAUGACGAAUCGUCUGCUAGAAACAGACAAGCGGGACUUUUACACAUGUAGCUAACACCAAGUUUAAAACAAUAAAAACAAAUUUUGAACAUAUAACUUUUAUAUGUAUGUUAACUAAAUUAUUGUGUGUAUCAUAGAUUUAAGAACAAAUGUGGUCAUGUUAACAAUUUGAAUUCCAAUUAUCUCAAAUAAAGUCGUAUCAACUUUA